AUGGGUCACCACUACUGCUGCAAAGAACGGAAGGUUAAGAGGGGCCUUUGGUCCCCUGAGGAAGAUGAAAAGCUGUUGAGAUACAUCACUACCUAUGGCCAUGGAUGUUGGAGAAAAGUCCCUGAGCAAGCUGGGCUACAAAGGUGCGGUAAGAGCUGUAGACUGAGAUGGCUCAAUUACUUGAGACCUGAUAUCAAAAGAGGAGUGUUUACACCAGAUGAGGAGAAAUUGAUUAUUAGACUGCAUGGGGUUGUAGGGAACAGAUGGGCGCAUAUCGCAAAGUGUCUUCCAGGAAGAACUGACAAUGAAAUAAAGAACUACUGGAACUCAUGGAUAAAGAAGAAGCUAGAGAAGCCUUCUUCACCAAUGACCACAUCUGCUGAUCAUCAUCAUCAAUAUUCCCAAAUGGCAUGUCUUAAUCCAAACAACCAAGAUCAUAUUGUGAAUCAAACUUUCAUUGCAAGGCCGUCUGCAUACCCCCUAUAUAUGUUUGAGGCUGCUUCACUUGAUCAUGAUGGUACUACUCGUGCAAACAAUAUUAAUAUCAAUGUACAUGUAGAUCAGCAUUUCCCACUCAACGUGAACUCGAACAAUCUUGGGGCAUGGAUUUUGGAUCGGCAUAAUGUUCAACCCCUUCCUUCUACAGCACCAUUUACAAACAUGGAUGCAAAUCUGUUAAUGCCAUCCCUCAUAGGAAGUACUACUGCUGUUAAUGCAAACAUGGUUGAAGUGGAAUCUUGUAGCAAUAUUGAUGAAGAAGGUGAUAUUUCAAUGGAGUGCUUGCAGAGUCAUCAGGAUUUGAUUGCAGUAGUUCAUUCCCGGCAACAGCAACCGUGUUCGAACUUCCAUUUUUGCUGGGAUACUGUUGAAGAACAACAUGGAGGGGAUGAAAUUGCUGGGCCACUUCAUCGCAAUACGGGAGCUAAUAUGAUGUCUUCAUCUCUCCCAUCCUACCUCUGA